AUGUCGUGGAUGAUGUGCGCUCGAUUGACCCAGGGGAAGCCUAGUCUCCUCCGUGCACAUAAAACCAUGCCACGCUCUCCCCGUCUCUCCUCUUUCUAUCAUUCUUCCCCUUCUGUAACGAGUACUUUUGCCCGUUCUCAGUCUGACACAAUGGCUCGAUUUUCGCCUCAACAAAGCCGGCCGGUCCAUGCGACGCCGUUUAUGAAUCACUCUAACCAGCCUUCUGACGCCAACUAUGAUACCGCCAACCCCUCCUACAUCCGCAAGUACCUGCGCACCUAUGGCCUCACUCCUCCCCGCGCCGAGAGCUACGAGACCCAGAAGACCCGAUGUUUGGCCCAGCUGGGUCUGAAGGAUACCCCCAUCGAAAAGUUCCAAUACCUUAGCACCCUGCGCAAGAACAAUGUCCACCUCUUCUACCGUCUGGUCACCGACCACCUCAGGGAACUCACCCCUCUGAUCUACACCCCCGUCGUCGGCGAGGCCUGCCAGCGCUGGUCUGAGAUCUACCAGCAACCCGAGGGUAUGUACCUGAGCUGGGAGGACCGGGGUAACCUGGCCGCCGUCAUCGCCAACUGGCCCCAGCCCAAUGUGGAAAUCACAUGUAUCACCGAUGGCUCCCGCAUCCUCGGACUGGGUGACCUGGGCAUCAACGGCAUGGGUAUCCCCAUUGGCAAGCUGGCCCUGUACACUGCCUGCGCGGGUAUUCGCCCCGAGGCCACCCUGCCCCUGACCCUGGAUCUGGGUACCGGCAACAAGUCCCUCCGGGAAGACCCGCUGUACAUGGGCUCCCGCCGUGACAAGAUCAGUCCCGAGGAGGAGCGGGAGUUUAUGGACGAGCUGAUGGCGGCUCUCACCGAGCGUUGGCCUGGCAUUGUCAUCCAAUUCGAGGACUUCAAGAAUCCCUUCCCCGCCCUCGAGCGCUACCGCGACAACUACACCUGCUUCAAUGACGACAUCCAGGGCACCGGCGCCGUUAUCCUCGGCGGUGUCAUCAACGCCGUCAAGCGCUCCGGUCUCCCCUGCAAGGAGCACCGCGCCGUCUUCCUCGGCGCCGGCUCGGCCGGUGUCGGCGUCGCCAAGCAGAUUGUCGAGUUCUUCAUGCGCGAAGGCAUGACCGAGGAUGAAGCCCGCAGCUGCUUCUACCUCGUCGACACCAAGGGUCUUGUCACUGCCGACCGCGGUGACAAGCUGGCCGACCACAAGGUCUACUUUGCCCGCCAGGACAACGCCGGCCAGCAGUGGAAGACUCUGGAAGAAGUCAUCGACCACGUCAAGCCCACCAUCCUGAUGGGUCUUUCCACCCUGGGCGGCGUCUUCACCCCGGAGAUCCUCCGCAAGAUGGCGGACUGGAACACCGCGCCCAUCAUCUUCCCGCUCUCCAACCCGUCCUCCAAGUCCGAGUGCGACUACGAGAGCGCCGUCACCAACACCGACGGCCGCUGCCUUUUCGCGUCAGGCUCCCCCUUCCCCACCAUGUCCUUCACCAACUCCAAGGGUGAGACCAAGACCUACUACCCCGGCCAGGGCAACAACAUGUACGUCUUCCCAGGUAUCGGACUGGGCAGCAUCCUUUCCAAGGCCGUCCGCGUCACCGACAGCAUGAUCUACGCCUCCGGUGAAGCCCUUUCGGCCGCCCUGACGGCCGAGGAAAUCGAGCGCGGCCUCCUCUAUCCUGAUGUCACCCGCAUCCGCGAGGUUAGCAUCGUCGUCACCCGCAAGGUCAUCCGUGCUGCGCAGGAAGACAAGGUCGACCGCGAGACUCACCUCCGCACUCUCUCCGACGCCGACCUGGACAACUGGAUCAAGUCGCGCAUGUACGACCCCCACACCGAGGUCCGCUCGCUCGAGCGCGAGGUUGGCCACCUCCUAUCCAGCCUGGGUAACCUCUCCCCGCUUAUGAACGGUUCUCCCACCGAGGAGAAUGGCUCCAAGCUGUAA